AUGGCGUCUCACCAGCAGACCAGGAUCCAAGCCUACCUGGAGAAGAAUAAGAUCGGUCCCCUCUUCGAGGAGUUGAUGACCAAGCUGAUAACGGAGACACCUGACCAGCCAAUCCCAUUUCUAAUUGAUCAUCUUCAGUCCAAACAGGGGAGCCGCAGUCAGCUUCAGAGGACGCUGUCUGGCUCUGCCGCCCUUUGGGCAGAAAGUGAAGUAUCAGAAAAUAAAGGAACAAGGAGAGAUUUUAGAAGUUACGACAAACCUUGGCAGGUAAAUGCAAAAAAGCCUAAAAAGUCAAAGAGUGACCUUGCCGUGUCCAACAUUUCUCCACCGUCACCAGAGUCCAAGUCAUUGCCAAGGUCAAUAGAGCAACCUAAAUGGGAUUGGAGGACAAAACCGGAGAGCCAUGAUUUUGAUGAACUAAAUCAUAUUCUUCAAGAGAGCAAAAAACUUGGAAAAGCCCUUGAGAAUCUGUCUCGCAGCAUUGCUGUUUCUGAUGAACUUGAUAAGGACACGGCAGGUUUUAACACCCCCCUUCUAAGACCUCGUGUGAUUGGAGAAUGGGUUGGCCGUGAAGAGAACGAUGCAGAUCCACUGGCUGCUGAGAUGCUGCAGCCACCAAUACCAAGAAAUAAAAAUGAACAGUGGGACAGUGAGGAUAGCAGCAGCCCUGGAGGAAGCUUAAAAAUGGAGCCAAAGACCAAAGGACUAAAACAACAACAGCAGCAACAUAAGAAAUUGCUGGCUGCCAUGCUUUCUCAGGACUCCUUUGAUUCUGCUCAAAGCACAGCCCCAUCUGUAACUGAAGAAGAUAUUGACAAUGAAGAUGAUGCAAUGGAACUGCUGGAGGAUCUUGAUGAUCUAAGAAUGGAAGGAGUAACAAGUGUGAUGUCUUCUGGGAGCAAAUUCAAUCAAACUCGAAGUGCUCAUACGGCUGAGCCUCAAGCAAAGGUCACACUGAAUAUCUGUGCAAGAUGUGCCAGAUUGCAAGGAGAUAAUUUGGCAGAAAGGCCGGAAGAUGUCUCCGUUAUAUCUCAAACAACUGAGCCAGUGGUGUCAGACUCUGAUGCUCAGGUACCUGGGGUUGAAACACUUACAGAAGAUACAGAUGAAUUUCAGAGUGGCUCUCAAAUGGCAGGAUCUUCUCAGACAGUUUGGCCCCUGGAUGCCACGGGUGUCAGACCUGGAGGUUCCCCAAGGCAUAUACUCUUAAAGGACUCCUUAACAGCAAAAGAACUGCAGACCGUGGAAAAACACCUAGCUGAUAUUGAGAAGGACCUAGCGCUAUGGGAAGAAGCAACACUCUCAAGAAGCCCUGGUAUCCAGCAUCAUAGUUUAGUUAUGUCUGACCAUCAAGGCAAUCUUCAAGCUACACAGGGCCAAAAUCCAAGGCCUCCAGUGCCAACUCAGACAGGGAAGAACAUUCAGCUCCAAGGAAACAAAUCACCGCCUCUGCUCGCUGCCAGCAGAACGCAAGUCUCCAGUGUUGCAAACAGUAGGCCUCCUACACCUGGUACACAAACCAACAGGCCACCAACUCCGUCAGCUCCAGGGAGUAGACCUGUGACCCCAAAUAGCUUGCUGUCGCGACCUCUUACCCCUAGCAAUCAAGGAAAUAGGGAAGGCUUCAUUAAUAUGCAAAGAAGCAGAUCUUUGACAUCUAAGAGCCAAAUGGGGAGGACCCUCAGCGCUGCUUCAGGGCUCUCUGUGCAAAUGAGUGGAGACAUUGUUGGAACUGUCACUACUCAGAGAAGCAGUUUAUCAGAAGAUGAAUUCUUACAACAGCUUCAGCUUGUUCAUCAACCUUGGAUAUUGCCGAGUGACACAGAAAGUGAAGGAGUGGAAGCAGACCAAGACAAAUGUGUGGAUACUCGUGAUUGUCCAUGA